AUGUAUAAAAAUUAUACGUACAAAUAUGAAAGUGAUAAACGGUACCUUUGUUGUUCAAGAUAUCGGAGUCUCAAAUGUAAUGCAAGGCUGGUGGUAGAUGCUGAAGGAAAUAUCGUGCGAGCUAAUGAAAAAAUACAUGCUCUACCAACUGCACGUGGUGGUGUACUGAUGUUUAGAAAUUACACAUUCUCAUAUACAAAUUCUCGUAAACGAUUGCUCUGCUCAAAAAAGUUGCGGGGAAAAUGUAAAGCUAAACUCAAAGUCGACGACGAAGGUUAUGUUAUUGGAGGUUACUACAAUCACAAUCACCCACCACCGGUGUAUCAUAAAGCCAAAGAUGGAUUGUAUUUUAAAGAUAGGUUUACA